UUUCCCGUGGAUCGAACGCGAAAAAGAUCAAUUUUCGGCGUGAUUUGUGCUAAAAUUUCCAGAGCGCGUUUCCAUUCGUUGAUAAGUAGGUUAAAGGUACAAUCAGUUUGUCGACCUCGUCACGCGCAGCUGUGCAAUCACUUCACUCGACAGUGACCCCGAUGUGAGAAUUUAAUCGCGAUCGCGAUCGUGGCUGCUGUUUACAAACUGUCGGUGCUGAGAUUGCAAGAUGGCCGCUGAAUUAUCACAACAAAGGCAGCAACAGCUGCUGCAGGAGUUGAGCGAGAGCUUAGAGUGUCAGAUCUGUUUGAAGACAACGGAUGAUCCGCAUCUGUGUCCGAAGUGUUCCAAAUUUUUCUGCUAUGGCUGCAUCCGCGACUGGUUGCAAAAGUCCGGGAAGGAUGCCUGUCCGAACUGUUUGGGCACGGUGUGUUUGGCGGAAUUUGUGAAGUUUCGGUGGGCUGAUGGAAUCGAAUCGAUCAGAAAUUUAGUUUCGAAACCCGGUACGUUGCCGGUUCCGGCAACAGCAAAAACUUUGGAAGCAGCCCUCCGGAAGACACAGGAAACGUUUAAAAUUACGUCCGAACGGAUCGGUCAAUCUUUGACCGAUCGAAAGGAAGCCCUGAAAAAAGCUCGCGACGGAUUGAUCAAAUCGAUUAACAUUCUUGUACAGCAGGAAUUCCGCGAGAUCAAUCAACAGUACAACGGUAAGUUAGCCGAAGUGGACGCUUGGAGUACGAUUCUGUCCAAGGAACUGGACAAGGUGGAGGUUAGUUUGUAUUCGAUUCAGGAAAACAGCACCAAAGAGUGUUCACCUGAAACGGAACAACAGCUGGAGCUGCAGUGUCAGGUCGUUGCCAAGAAGUUGGAAAUUCUGGCACCGAACGUUCCGGAGCAUCGGUUCAGCUGUAAAUUGAUGCCUGGCCCGGUGUCGUGGCGGUUUACGGUGAGAAACUUUGGUCAAGCGCGCACCGCUAAUCAGGUGCAGUACUCGGAUCUGGUUCGGGACGAUUUGGGGAACACCUGGCGGUUGGAGAUUCAUCCGAAUGGGUUUGACGAUGCACGAAACGUCAGUCUGAGCGUGUUUUUGCAACUUUACGAUGGAUUGGAAGGAAGGUAUCGCUUCACCAUUGAACUACCCCAUCGAACCCAUCCGCAUUUGUACGAAGACGAGGACCACUUCCAGCUGCGCAAGGGCUGGGGCCAAAACCAUUUCGUAGAUUUGAAGCUACUGUUCGAUGAGUUUCUGGAAAACGAUUCCUUCGAGUUGCGAUUCUCCGUUCGCUCACCGGAUCUGAUAGAGAAGUUCAACUGUCUGCGGAAGUACGCCGACAAGUUGGAACGGAAUAAUUCAUCCUUGAGGGAGGAAUGUUCGGUGGACUGCAUCAAUGAAGUAUGCUGCAUUAGAAAUAUGGCAGAAGCGAGUAAUAGUGGCAUUUGUUUGUACUCGGAUACUUUCCGGGAUGAUUUGGGCGGUUCCUGGAGGCUGCAGGUCUUUCCCGGUGGAAAUGGCGAUAUCAGGGGAAUGUUUGCUUGCAUUUUUCUCGAGCUUGUUGAUGGAAUUCCGAAUGUGUACGAAUUCUCGGUGGAGCUAAUUAACGAUUCGCCGAAAAAAUCAAUUAAAAAAUCACUGGAACACAACUUCCAACCGUGGAUGCCGUUCGGUUGGAAAAAUUUCAUCUCCCGGGAGGAUCUGCUGGCGGGUGGUUACCUCAAGAAGGACGCUCUGAUGAUCUGUCUCACCGUGCGACCACCCACGGUCGGGCAAAAGUUCAACUACCUUCGACAAUAUCACGACAAGGCCGUAAGGGAUCUCGCCCAAGCCCAAACGAAACCGGCCGCCACAUCGCUUCUAAACAGCAAACCCUUCGAGGCUCCGAUCAGCUUUUUCAGGAAAAUGCUUCCAAGAACACCGACGAACCAAGAGCAGGCGUCGACCAGUCAGCCCAAGUGAGCAUCGCGCGCGCUCCAGUCAUGUAAAACCCACACAACUGUAACUAAACACUUGU